UUCUUACUUUGAAACCAAUCUCCAUACAUACAAAGGAAGAAAUAAAUUAUUUUCUUGUCCUAUUUUUCUUUUAUCAAAGAAAAUAAAAAGAGAAAAAAAAUGAAGCUCCCAUUUCUAAACAAGAACAACUCUUCGUUUUCUUGUUCUUCAAAUUCAAAUUCAGUUUCAUCAUCAACAAAUACCACUUCAUGGCCAUGGCCUUCUUGUCAUCAAAACCCUAAAACCACAUCUUUCAGACCAACCACCACUUUCACCAACCGUAUCCAUGACCAAGACGAGGAUGAACUCGACCCACCUGAGGGUACUGAGUCGAUAGAGAGUGUGAUAAAAGGGCUAAGAUCAUCAGAGAGACUCAUCUUCGAAAGUAAAGGAGAAUCCAACUCUAUACUCGAAGAAGCUACGACUAAGCAAGAAGAAGAAGAAGAAGAAGAAAAGGAAAGUUUCAUGCUCUUGUCCUUAGAAUCAAACGACCCUUACUCUGAUUUCAAGGGAUCCAUGGAGGAGAUGGUUGAGGCACACGCGCUUCACCACGACUGGAGAAGCCUCGAGAAGCUUCUCUUACAGUUCUUGAAAGUCAACGCCAAUACCAGCCAUCGAUACAUCUUCGCCGCUUUUGUCGAUCUCCUCUCGAACUUAACACUGCACACGAAUGAACCCAUCAAUAUCAACAUUUCCAAAGAAGAAGUGGAACGCGCCACCGCCGGAGAAGCAAGCACUUCUUGUUGUAACAGUAUGAGUCUUGGCGAGUCUCCGUUGUCUCCUUUGUCACUCUUCACGUCGUGUUCUUCUUCUUCUUCCUCCGAUGAGACUUCCUCGACGUCCGUACGAUUCUUGCCAUUGUCUUCUUUGUUAGAGAUGGAUGAGAAAUCUAAAGACAUUUUGGUUUAGAAUGCUUUUCUUCUUUAUUUCUAUUUUUUGUAUAAUUAAAAUUUGUGUAGGAUCGUAACAUUGACUACCCUUAAUAUUUUAUAUUGGUAUAUGUGCUCUUAUGCUAUAGUUUUUCAUUUAUGUGGAUUUUUGUUUCUUAAUGUGAGGAGGAUGAUAGUUGGAUCGGACCA